GAAGAACAAAGAUGGCGGCCGCGGCUGAUCCGAAGCGAGGCGCCGCUAAUUCGGAUUGAACCGAGGCCGGAUUCGCCCGUUCCCCUCCGCAGCUCUCCGUAUCCGGGGCUCCCGAACCCCCCCCCCCAGUGCCGGCUCCCCGCUCCCCCCGCUCCCCCUCCCGGGCCGGACCCCCCGAGGCCGGACACCGCGCUCAGUAUGAGGGGGCGGCGAGGAAGGCCUCCCAAGACCCCCGCGGCGGCGGCCCCGGCCACCAGCUCCCCGGCCACCAGCUCCCCCAGCACCCCGGCCGCCAGCUCCCCGCUCCUCCCCCCGGGACCCACCGCCGGGCUCCGCUCCCGCCUCCGGGGCAGCAGCCGGGGCCGCUGGGCGCCAGACACCCCCUACCGCAGGCCCAGCCCGGCCCCCGGGGGCCCCGGGAGGAGAGGGGGGGCGGCUGUGAGGGGGGCGGCCGGGGCCGGGGGGGGGAGGAGGAGGAAGGCCGCGGGCGGUGGGAGCAGCCGGGGGGGUCGCAGGGCGGCGGGGGGCAAGGCUGGCAGCAAGGCGGGGGGCAAGGCUGGCAGCAAGGUGGUCUAUGAUGACCAUGAGAGCGAGGAGGACGACGAGGAGGAGGAGGAGAGCGCCCGCUCCGAGGGCCACAGGGACAGCGAGGAGGAGGAGGAGGACAUGGGGGACAUGGGGGACUCGGACUACCAGCACGACAUGGAGGAGGAAGAGGAGGAAGAGGACAUGGAGGAAGAGGAGGAUGGCAGUUACUGCACCGACAGCAGCUUCAGGAGCCACAGCACCUACAGCAGCACCCCCGGUAACUAAUAAUAAUCAUAUAAUAAUAAUAAUAUAAUAAUAUAAUAUUAUACACACAGCACCUACAGCAGCACCCCUGGUAACUAAUAAUAAUCAUAUAAUAAUAAUAUAAUAAUAUAAUAUUAUACACACAGCACCUACAGCAGCACCCCUGGUAACUAAUAAUAAUCAUCUAAUAAUAUAAUAUAUAAUAAUAAUAUAUCAUAUAUUAUACACACAGCACCUACAGCAGCACCCCCGGUAACCUAUAAUAAUAAUAAUAUAAUAAUAAUAUAUCAUAUAUUAUACACACAGCACCUACAGCAGCACCCCCGGUAACCUAUAAUAAUAAUAUAAUAAUAAUAUAUCAUAUAUUAUACACACAGCACCUACAGCAGCACCCCCGGUAACCUAUAAUAAUAAUAAUAUAAUAAUAAUAUAUCAUAUAUUAUACACACACAGCACCUACAGCAGCACCCCCGGUAACCUAUAAUAAUAAUAUAAUAAUAAUAUAUCAUAUAUUAUACACACACAGCACCUACAGCAGCACCCCCGGUAACCAAUAAUAAUAAUAAUAUAAUAAUAAUAUAUCAUAUAUUAUACACACAGCACCUACAGCAGCACCCCCAGUAACUAAUUAUAUAAUAAUAAUAUAUAAUAAUAUCAUAUAUUAUACACACCCAGCACAUACAGCAGCACCCCCGGUAAAUAAUAUAAUAAUAUAUAUAAUAAUAUAUCAUACACACAGCAGCACCCCCGGAAACCAAUAUAUAAUAAUAAAAAUAUAUCAUAACAAUAUAUCAUAUAUUAUACACACAGCACAUACAGCAGCACCCCCGGUAAAUAAUUAUAAUAUAUCCUAUAUUAUACACACAGCUCAUACAGCAGCACCCCCGGUAAAUAAUUAUAAUAAUAUAUCAUACACACAGCUCAUUCAGCAGCACCUCCGGUAAAUAAUUAUAAUAAUAUAUCAUAUAUUAUACACACAGCUCAUACAGCAGCACCCCCGGUAAAUAAUUAUAAUAAUAUAUCAUAUAUUAUACACACAGCUCAUACAGCAGCACCCCCGGUAAAUAAUAUAAUAUAUAAUAAUAAUAAUAUAUACACAGCACCUACAGCAGCACCCCCAGUAAAUUAUAAUAAUAAUACUAUAUAUAAUAAUAAUAUAUACACAGCACCUACAGCAGCACCUUCGGUAAAUAAUAAUAUAUAAUAAUAUCUGUAUAUAUAUCACACACACACACAACACCUACAGCAGCACCCCCGGUAAAUAAUAAUAAUUAUAUAAUAAUUCAUAUAUCAUAAUAUACACGCAGCACCCCCGGUAAAUAAUAUAAUAUAUAAUAAUAAAUCAUUUAUAUACACAGAACCUACAGCAGCACCCCCGGUUGUUAAUACUAAUUAUAAUAAUAUAUCAUAUAUACACAGUACCUACAGCAGCACUCCUGGUAAAUAAUUUUAUAUAUAUUAAUUCAGCAAUGACCAGGUGCCUCUCCGUGCAAAAUAUACAAAUGGAACAAAUUGAGAGCACUCAUUGGAUUUAAUAAACAAAAAAAUAUAUUAAAUCAAACCCAUAUAAAUCAACGUUUCGACCGUCUAGCGGUCUUUAUCAAGAUAAAGAUAUCAUCUUGAUAAAGACCGCUAGACGGUCGAAACGUUGAUUUAUAUGCGUUUGAUUUAAUAUAUUUUUUUGUUUACUAAAUCCAAUGAGUGCUCUCAAUUUGUUCCAUUUGUGUGUGUGUGUAUAUAUAUAUAUUACACACACACAGCACCUAUUGCAGCAGCUCUGGUAAAUAAUAAUAUAUCAUUUAUAUUCACAGCACCUACAGCAGCACCCCAGGUAAAUAAAAAUAAUAUAACUUAUAAUAUCUCGUGUAUAUACGGCACCUACAACAGCACCCCAGGGUAAACAAUGUAUGAUAUAUAAUUAUAAAUGUCAUAUAUACACAGCACUUACAGCAGUCCCCCUAGUAGUAAUAAUAAUAUAUUGUAAAAUGUGUGUACACAGCACCUACAGCAGCUCACCGGGUAAAUAAUAUGAUGUACAUCAUAUACUGUAUGUGCACAGACAGCAGUACCCCUGGUAAAUGAUAAUAUAUAAUGUGUGUGUGUGUGUGUAUAUAUAUAUAUAUAUAUAUAUAUAUAUAUAUACACCAGCACCUACAGCAGCACCCUGGGUAAUAAUAUUAUAAUAUAUAUCAUAUCAUUUAUAUACCAGCACCUACAGCAGCACCCCGGGUAAUAUAAUUUAUGCAGCAGCACCCUGGGUAAUAAUAUAAUAUAUAUCAUAUAAUUUAUAUACCUGCAGCACCCUGGGUAGUAGUAAUAUAUAUCAUAUUUAUAUACCAGCACCUACAGCAGCACCCUUGGUAAUAAUAUUAUAAUAUAUAUCAUAUAAUUUAUAUACCAGCACCUACAGCAGCACCCUUGGUAAAAAUAUAUAUCAUAUAAUUUAUAUACCAGCACCCUUGGUAAUAAUAUUAUAAUAUAUAUCAUAUAAUUUAUAUACCAGCACCUACAGCAGCACCCUGGGUAAUAUUAUAUAUCAUAUUUAUAUACCAGCACCUACAGCAGCACCCUUGGUAAAAAUAUAUAUCAUAUAAUUUAUAUACCAGCACCUACAGCAGCACCCUGGGUAAUAUUAUUAUAAUAUAUAUCAUUUAUAUACCAGCACCUACAGCAGCACCCUUGGUAAUAAUAUUAUAAUAUAUAUCAUAUUUAUAUACCAGCACCUACAGCAGCACCCUUGGUAAUAAUAUUAUAAUAUAUAUCAUAUAAUUUAUAUACCAGCACCUACAGCAGCACCCUGGGUAAUAAUAUUAUAUAUCAUAUUUAUAUACCAGCACCUACAGCAGCACCCUGGGUAAUAUUAUAAUAUAUAUCAUAUAAUUUAUAUACCAGCACCUACAGCAGCACCCUGGGUAAUAUUAUAAUAUAUAUCAUAUAAUUUAUAUACCAGCACCUACAGCAGCACCCUGGGUAAUAUUAUUAUAAUAUAUAUCAUAUUUAUAUACCAGCACCUACAGCAGCACCCUUGGUAAUAAUAUUAUAAUAUAUAUCAUAUUUAUAUACCAGCACCUACAGCAGCACCCUUGGUAAUAAUAUUAUAAUAUAUAUCAUAUUUAUAUACCAGCACCUACAGCAGCACCCUUGGUAAUAUUAUAAUAUAUAUCAUAUAAUUUAUAUACCAGCACCUACAGCAGCACCCUGGGUAAUAAUAUUAUAUAUCAUAUAAUUUAUAUACCAGCACCUACAUCAGCACCCUGGGUAAUAUUAUAAUAUAUAUCAUAUAAUUUAUAUACCAGCACCUACAGCAGCACCCUGGGUAAUAUUAUAAUAUAUAUCAUAUUUAUAUACCAGCACCUACAGCAGCACCCUGGGUAAUAUUAUAAUAUAUAUCAUAUAAUUUAUAUACCAGCACCUACAGCAGCACCCUGGGUAAUAUUAUUAUAAUAUAUAUCAUAUUUAUAUACCAGCACCUACAGCAGCACCCUUGGUAAUAAUAUUAUAAUAUAUAUCAUAUUUAUAUACCAGCACCUACAGCAGCACCCUUGGUAAUAAUAUUAUAAUAUAUAUCAUAUAAUUUAUAUACCAGCACCUACAGCAGCACCCUUGGUAAUAUUAUAAUAUAUAUCAUAUUUAUAUACCAGCACCUACAGCAGCACCCUUGGUAAUAAUAUUAUAAUAUAUAUCAUAUAAUUUAUAUACCAGCACCUACAGCAGCACCCUGGGUAAUAAUAUUAUAUAUCAUAUUUAUAUACCAGCACCUACAGCAGCACCCUGGGUAAUAUUAUAAUAUAUAUCAUAUAAUUUAUAUACCAGCACCUACAGCAGCACCCUUGGUAAUAAUAUUAUAAUAUAUAUCAUAUAAUUUAUAUACCAGCACCUACAGCAGCACCCCUGGUAAUAAUAAUAAUAAUUAUUAUUAUUAUUAUUAUUAUUAUAUAUAUAUAACCAGCAGCACCUCUGUUAAUAUAUGCAUAUACACCUUUUGUAAUACAUCAUACCUACUAUACCAGCAGCACCUUGGCUCCUCCGAUAAUAUGUACAUGUUUUGUUUCUCUCAGGAUGGUGGUUUGAUCCUUUUUUUUGUUUUUCUCUGUUUUCCCUCUGUAAAUAGUCUCUAAAUCUUUUUUGUAUUUCUAAGAAUUUAUUUAAAAGAUUCAAGAUCUUUAUGAAGUACUCGUAUUGACUGUAUUGGAAUUUCAUUUAAAUUUUAAUUGCAGUGAACAGAUUUCAUAAGUCUCUUAUUAGUUCAUUGAGAGGUGUUCCUCCUAAUUAAAUAAUAGAGUGGGAGGGGCUAUACCCAUCUGUAGUGCUGCCAUCGAUAUAUCCAGGAAAUGUUUAUAGUAAAUGUCUAAGUUGGCAAAACUGAACACUAGGUGGCGCUGUCAAGUUUUGUCAGUUUACCCAGCUAUUGCUACCAACCGCUAUGGUAAACAUACGUAAUCUCGCUCAUUGCAAGACAUUGUCUGUGGAGACUCCCAAGGUCUCAUAGGAUCCUCCAUAGACCUCAGUGUUGUACUGUUGCACAUGCGUUAGAGUACAGCAUUGACAAGACUUCUGGUGGAUGAACCUCCACUAUCAGAAGCAAGCAGAUGGCAAUGUGUACAGGGACUACUUCAUGUAAAUAUAACUUCUUUCUCCUCCACCCACGGGCCCUUACACACCAAGCAUGCUUGUCGCCAUCAAGUGUCUUCACAAAAUAUAUAAAAAAAAUACACUUUUAAGGAACCUUAGCGGUAGGAAUUCACACACAUAUUCCUAAAGCUGGAGUUUUAUACUAUUUAGAUUCCACAACCCCCAGGGAGUCUGAGGGUUCUUCGCAGUAUUUUAGCUGUUUUUUUAACUGCACAUGUCUGGCCAGCAAUCUGAUGUCCCAACUGGAAUCUGCUGACAUUUCUCCUCUAACUUGGGGGUCAUAGCCCCUAGUGCUCCUAUCACAACUAGAACUACUACUGACUUCACCUUCCACAUCCUUGGUAGCUCCUCUUUGAGUUCUUGUUAUUUGUCCAUCUUCUCAUGUUCCUUGUUCCUGAUGUUAUAGUCACUGGGUAUUGGCACAUCCACCCCCACUGCAGUCUUCCGUUCCUUCUCUACCACCACGAUGUCAGGCUGGUUGGCCACUACUUGCGUCGACUAUGUGCUGGAUUGUUUUAGAAGCCUCUUUGCACACACUCUCUGAAACAAUCCAGCAAAUAGUAGUCGGGUGCAAGAUGUUAGCAGGGACAGCAUACAUAGAGAGGCACAACCAAGUUGCUGAAAUGUAUAAUAUGUAAAAUCAUUCCCCCCCCCCCCCAUUCGCUUCAGAAAUGACUUCUGUAAACAAUAAAGAUUUGCAUAAUUUUUGCCAAACUCAGAAUUUUAUUGUUCUUGCUGAGCUUAAUCCAAGUAAUUGCAUCUAAUACAGAAGCAUUGAUAAAAAGCGCGUUUGCGACUGUCCAUACAGUUGACCAAUUAAUGCUUGUGAGAGAAGAGAAGAUGGGUUGUGUGACAGCCGUUUGGGAGUGCACACAGCACCCAUUCUUUGCAUGAUUUUCUGUCCAGUUUGUCAUUGAAGCUCUGAGAAGCAUGCAUUUAAUGGAGGGGAUGGGGUUAUGACAUUCAGUCAUAAUUCUGUUGGCGCCAUAUAAAUGGCAAUAAUAAUAAUAAUUCUGCCUCUCUGGGCACUCAUUGUACUCCACUGAGAAGCAUGCAGAGUGAUGCUUGCUAAAAUACGUCUCUGAUUAUUCCACAGACAGCAGUUGCUCUGUUUGGAUCAUUGGCAGCAGCUUGAUCCAUAUAUACAGAUAUUAUAAGACCAAUUAGGGACUAUUUAAUCUUGUGGGCAAAGUCAAGGUUGAUAAAAGGCAGAGCUUUUGCUGUCAACUCUUGUUACUUCCCACAGUUAUUGCUAGUGAUGUCUAAGGAAAAUGAACAUAUUGCAAGAGUGGGUCAUGCUGGAGGAUACCCUAUAGACCUUGUGCACAAGAGUACAGCCAUGACACGCCAAGAGCUGAAGAUAGAAUAUAAGGGAGACCAUCAGGUGAGUAUGUCUACCAUUAGCUUCAAUCUGUGGCUACUGCACACAAAGCGCAAAAUAUGUAAAGAUUUCUGAAAUUGACCGAGCUGGUUUUAAAGGGACAUUGUAAGAACCAAAACUACUAUAUUUUAAUGUAGCAGUUGUGGUGCACAGACCAUGUCCUUGGCAACAGCAAUGUUUACAUUUGCUAAAUUUGACAAUCAGUAUGUCUUUAUUGGCUGUCAUCAGGAAGGAAGGAAUUGCCACUCAUAUAAUAAAUGAUACCAGGACAGCCACUAGAGGCUGAGUUGGCAGUUGCUGCAAAUGUCUGGGAGGUCCCAAUCGUUCUUUCCGAGAAGCAUUGGGUUGACAUAAGAUCGUCUGUCAGGAUGCUCUUCGGUAAGAUAAGCAACUGCUGCGUCAAGACAGGGACGAGAUUGGAUAAUGGGUGACUUUUACAGCGUUACUUCAGUUCAACAGCGGGGACCAGUAAAGUAAACAAGCAGAGGAACAUGCUAACGUAAAUUAAAUUAUUUAAUAAUUAAGUCAGAAUGUUCCUUUACGCUAGGCUUUACCGCCAUUAUAUCAUCGUAGCAAAGCAGACUAUAUGAACAUAUACCAAACUUGUCACUAUAUAUUUUUUCUCAUAGUUUUCUUUUCUUCAUUUUUUCUAAUCAGCGAAUAAUUGUGUGCUUAAUGGUGAUCAUUGGCCACAUUAAUUGUUCAGUUAUGGUUCCUGUGGUACAGUGUUGCCGGAGCUCAAUGUUGCAAGAGAUUGCAAGCUGCAACAUUUUGUGCCUGCUGUAAAACCAUUUAGACAUCUGUACAGGGAACAUCACUUUAAGGGAGUGCUUUUCAUCUUUGGGCUAGGUAUGGACAUGUAAUGUAUUGCUUGGCAGCAGAGCUGGCCCUUUAGCAGGGUCAUUAUAAAAGAGGACAGCGGUAAUGUUUAUUGCACAGCUGUAGUAAGUAUAAGUGGGAAUCUGUGGUUACACUUUGUUUUACACUAGAGCUUAAUAGUAUUUUUUUCAAGUCAGCAUUUCUACUUGCAGUCUUGAAUCUGUGUUUUAUCUCAUUAUGUAAAAUCUAUCCUUUCUGUGUUGCCAUGGCAAUGCCGAAAAAUGGAAGGAGGUCAAUUAAUAUGGCUAGUUAUGUUUUCAUUAUACAGUGCAAAAGAAAUGGACUGUUUCUAAACGCAUAAUCUACAGACUGAUUGUCCACAUAACCCCGUUGAAUCAUCAGAGCUGAAAAUCAUGGCGCCCCUCCUACUUCUCAGUGCAAGCUUUUAUGGUUCUUUUCUUUAAGCUGCCACACUUUCACAGUCGAAAAGUUUUGUGCCACUUUCUUGAUGUUGUCCAUAUUGAAGUCAUAAACAGAUAUAUUUAAAAGUAUAGCUCUGAUUACAUAAAUUACAUAGGGAGUUAAAAAACAUUGUGCCGUGCUUUCACAGUUUUUGAAUGGUUUAACAAUGAAGAAGGGUCUCUGGCCACUCAGUCGGCCUCUGUCUACAUUAGCAAAAGCUGUGAUGGGUCGCUCUCCAUUUAUCACUGCUGCCCGUCGCUGGUAAGGCUAAGGCGGAGGAUAUUCUUCUUUAACCAUACACCCCAUGGCGGCGGAACCACAGGCAUUAGAGGCCCCUCAUUCAGUGUUAAACGGUUUAAUGCUGAAACGUUGAAUGGUGCCAGGGAUCUCCAGGCACCAUGUAUACUUUAAUGAGAUUAAGUGUUUAUGGUGCUUAGAAUGUCCCUUUAACUGAAGCUAUAAAUCUACCAGUAGUGUGGAAGACUAGUUCACAUGCAGAUGUGUGUGUAUAUAUAGAUAAAACGUAUACGGUGCUGACAGCGUUGCCAGCAAAAGCUUAGAUCAAAAAUAUUAAAGAUCUUGCCUGAAGAUUGCUCCCUGCAGAUGUCCUGCACACGCAGGGCACCCUAAACUACACAUAUUGUAUCACAUACAUAAUCACUCCUGUUCCAGCCUAGCUAAUGCUGCCAUGGUGUUACACCACUGGCCUCACGGGGUUAAACUUUGUGUGUGCUAAUACAGGCACUUCAAAUCACUGAAGUGGUCAUGGUGCUUGCAGUAACCAUUUUGGUUAUUAAAAAAACAAGAAAAAUCUGCAUAUCAGUGUGUGUUGCUGAUGAGAUGUUGGAGUGGCUAGUUAUGCAUUUGCUUUUUUGAGUGGCUAUUUUGAUGUUUAAGAAGCUGUGUGAACAUGGCUAGCUACACAUGUUUGUGAGUGCAUAUAAAAAUAGUUGUUUAACCCCUUAAGGACACAUGACAUGUGUGACAUGUCAUGAUUCCCUUUUAUUCCAGAAGUUUGGUCCUUAAGGGGUUAAAUGUUUGUGUGUCAAUAUGUUUAGGCCCUGUCUCUUAGAUUUUGGGGAAGUUUGUCAAACCUUACAUUACUUAUAAAAAAAAAAUGUGGCUGCCAUGUCCUUUUAUGCAAGCAACCAUCUUAGAGCAUAGAAAGUACCUGCAAGUUUGUAGAAUAGUGUAAACAACAUAAAUGGCACUCUACAAUAAUCUUUAUUGGUAGCAGACAUUGGAAUAACACGAACAAGCUAAGGUCAGAAUUACAAAGAGCAAAACAAACCAUGAGGCAAACUGCGUUGAUAAGGAGCACCUGGAAUUAAUUUUCAAAUAGCAAAAAUAAAUAAGAUGAAGGCAUUAUAGAGAAUGAGACAUGCAGAGGCCCACACCACUUGGUAUCAAUUAGGAAUUAAAGGGAUACUAUGGGCACCCAGACCACUUCAGCUCAUUGACGUGGUCUGGGCACAGUUUCCCUUUUGCCCUUAGUCCUGCAAUGUAAAACAUUGCAGUUUUUGAGAAACUGCAUUGUUUACUCUGCAGCAAUAAGAAAGCCACUAGAGGUGCUUCUGGCAUUUUACCGGACUUGUUCUUUAACGGAUGCUGGACAUCCUCAGGCUCUGCAUGAGGACAUCUAGCGUUUGUGAAAACUCCAUCGGAAAGCAUUGAUUCCAAUGGGGGGGGGGGGGUGAGGUUUAAAAUAAUUGUUCUCCCAGCACCUCUUCAGGUGCACUGAUUAUGUAGAAUUUACACAUUGUGAUUUCAUCACACCAGGAUGGCAAUGAUGGGGCAGAUUGAAUUUUCAUAAGCUGAUCUUGCUGGUCCAUAGUGUAGCACUCUUUGAUAACAUGCCACUGCUCUCUAGUACACGAUUUCUGUAAACGAUUAACCUGAAAAGCUCGGCAUAAUCCUGUGAUGGGAAUUAAGUGAUCAUAUUUACAGGGUUAUUCGCUAAAGGGACAAUUCAAAGUGAAUUUCAAAUUUAAGGCCAAAAUAGCCGAACUGAAAACAUUCUCCAAGUCGACUAUGCUUUCAGUUUGGCUACUCUGGUCUUAACAUUUAAAUUCACUUUGAAUUCUAACUUUAGUAAAUCCUGUGUGUGUGUGUUCCCUUGUUUCUAUCACCCUCUUUUCUUAGGGAAUCGUAGCUCAGUGCUAGCUCCGCUCUGAUCUUUAAAGGUACGGAAAGGUGACAGAUUGCAGAUCACACUUUCUCUUUGAUGAAAAGUUACUUUCAUGCCAGACUUCAAGAUGAAAACAGUGACACAUACGUUUGUGACAUAGAAUUUUACGUUUGUUUGGAUUCUGAUGCAGUGUCUGUAUUUUUAUGUAUUUAACUGAGGGGUCUACGAUCUCAGAACAUGCUGCUGCUACUAGUUUUGUAAAUAGGGAUUUACAGUGUUUGCUCUGUUCGCGGACUUUGCAUGCGAUCGAUGUCGCUCACUCAGAGCUGAAGAGCAGAUAGCAAGUUUCAUGGUGUUUGCCUACCCAGCAACUUCACACGGUACUGAAAUUCUGAAUGGAAUAGGAAGUAAAUUUUACCCGUUUCAUUUCAGCAGGAGAUGUCCAGUCUUGUAGUUGCAGGAUUUUGCACGUGUGAGACCUAGAAGGAAGGAUAUGUUCUUUUGGCCUUGAAGAUCUGAGUACCAGUGGCUGUGCAUUAUAUAGCGACACCUGAGAAUGUAGAAUUAUGUUACUGUGCUUUGUAUAUCGGAGCCUGAGAGAUUCCUUCUCUUUCUUGCUGUAAUUACCUUGCAUGCUUUUCAAAUGAUGGACGAAUGGCACUAUGAUUGGAGUUGUGCUUGCUAAGCAUCUUUACGUGUUUUAUGAGUUAGUGGCUGCUGCGUAAUCCCUGAAACUGCUAAUUAAAAUUUCCUCUAUUUUUUUUUUUAUUUUUUUUUCCCUUCCCUUUUCUUACUUUACACGUUUUGCCAUCAAGCAACAGCCUAAAUGUUUGGUGUGCCAUUUUACACACACUCUAUAAAUUUCUGUGCGACCUAGAAUUGUCCAAAGACUUAAGUGUCUCUGCCUGUCCUUAAAUUCCUUUGCAUUAUCCUUGUUCUUUUAUCAUUCCCCUUUAUUUUUCACAGUGUUCUUUUUUGCUUUUGUCACUAACCUCCUUAAUCGCCAUUUUUUACUUUCUUUGCUUCUGCUGCUGUUGAGAUGCUUCCCAACCCAUGGCCCCCUUCUUUGACUCUGCUGGCAGGAACAGCUCUAGUCUUCACUUUGCUGAGCUGUCUGAAUGCUUGCUCUGUCUGUAAUAUAAUUAAUAUGUUCUCUCAUUAUAACAUGGCUUUUCCCCUUUGAAACUGACAGUCCUGCUUCACUGUCUCAUGGUGGCAUUGAGCUAUGUGCCCACAUUCCUUGAGAAAGUAAAGUUGGUGGUUUAAGUAGUCUUAUAGCCACACACAUAUAUGUUACAUUAUUUUUCUGACUACUUCUGUUUCUAUCACACCCUAUGAAGUUCUUACUAUCCACAUAUUCCACCUGUGCUUCCAGCUGCUAUCUCCCAAUCAUGCUGGGUUUUGGUUGUUCUCGUCUCUCUUCGAUUAUUUUAUAGUCUCUCUUCUCAGCCCCUUUCUCAUUCUUGGGGAAUUCUGCACAACUCAUUAACUGAAUAUCUAUGCUUCAUGUAUCAAUCUGACAGUCACCAGUUCUACCUUCUCAAGGGAUCCCUAGACCAGAUUUAAACAGUGAAAACAGAAAUCGAAGUGCCACUUGGGUAAAGCCAUAUGACAUCUGUAUGGCUGCCUUGUUCUAUGCCUUACGUCAUCGUAUCAGACUUUCUCUUAACCUCGCACCAUGACCACUACAAUUCAUAUGUAUGAAUGAGUUUGGGCCUCACCCCCAGGUUUUAGUUUAACCCGUUUGGAACUUUUUGAUAUCCAACCCCUGUGCAUUGCUCAAAACUGCAGUGAUUUGCAGAGUGAUGAAGGAAAAUAAACCAUCACAGUUAGAAUUCUGUAUUUUUCUUUUUUUCUUUUUUUUUUGCCAUUGGGUCCAGGUGUAGUGUGCCAAGACUUUGACAAAAACAAGGACUUUACUAUAACAGAUGAUCCUCCUGAAGCAAUAGGGUAGUUUUAAAAAGACCAAUUAAAAUAAUUCUGAAUCUGCAUAUUUUUGUUUGUUCAUUAUCUCUUUUAGAAUGUUCUUCCAGUUUGUACUGCUGGCUAAUACUUUAUUUGGUUUACUGACAGUUUUUUCUUUUUCUGUUAAUAGGACGGCGAAAACCCAGAAUCCAUCGUCCACGUUCACCGAUAUUUGAAGAGAAAGAUAUCCCUCCUUUGGAAUUACCCAAGUCCUCAGAAGAUCUGCUAUUACCAAAUGAGCACUUGCUGAAUGUCAUUGCCAUCUAUGAGGUGCUGAGGAACUUUGGCACGGUGUUACGACUAUCUCCUUUCCGCUUCGAGGACUUUUGUGCUGCUCUAAUGAGUCAAGAGCAAUGCACACUGAUGGCAGAGACUCACGUGGCACUUCUGAAAGCUGUUUUACGAGAAGAGGACACUUCAAAUACUACCUUUGGACCCGCUGACCUUAAGGAUAGUGUUAAUUCCACUUUAUACUUCAUUGAUGGUAUGACAUGGCCUGAAGUUCUAAGAGUGUAUUGUGAGAGUGACAAGGAAUACCAUAAUGUGCUUCCGUUCCAAGAGGUGGAUGACUACCCGUAUGGACCAAUAGAAAGUAAAGUGCAGGUUCUGCUUUUUUUAGUGGAUCAAUUUCUAACUACAAACAUGGCCCGUGAGGAGUUAAUGUCGGAAGGGGUUAUUCAGUAUGACGACCAUUGCCGUGUUUGUCACAAACUGGGGGAUUUACUGUGCUGUGAGACAUGCUCUGCCGUUUACCACUUAGAGUGUGUGAAACCGCCGCUAGAGGAGGUGCCAGAGGACGAAUGGCAGUGUGAGGUCUGCGUGGCCCACAAAGUGUCAGGUGUAAAUGACUGUGUUGCUGAAAUCCAAAAAAAUAAACCCUACAUCAGGCAUGAGCCCAUUGGCUACGACAGACACAGGAGGAAAUACUGGUUUCUGAACAGGCGAAUUAUUGUGUAAGUUUACAGUGUUUGAAUUUGGCGUGCUGUCAUCAAUUACUACUUAACUGUGCAUAGUAGCUUGUAAAUAGUCAGUGUGGUGACUUUUUCCCAUGGCUAGUAUUUAGUAUGUGUUUAAUGAGGGAACACUUAGCUACUUUUUUAACAGGGAAUAUAUCUUGAUCUUCAUGUUAGAAAUUUGUGUAUUCAUUCAGCAGUAGAGUUCAGUUUCUGAUUGUUAAUGACCCAGUUUAAUCUGUUAAGUGCUAUCUUCUGGACAGUUUGUGCUAGAUCUCCUGGCCGUAAGGGUAAUGUUUACAGGACUCAAUUAUCCACGCACCCUCACUGGCAUAUGUAAAUUUAGCUCUGGUAAGAGCAUUUCCAAUUACCGUGUCCGCGUACCAAACGUGAGUAGCCCGGAAAGCGGACAGGUGGUUUCUUGUUCCUGGAGGUUAAUGACACCUGUCUGUGGUGUGAAGCACAGCAGCACCGGCUGAUCCUAAUCCUGUUACAAGAGGCACAGCUACCGGGCAGCUCUCCCUGGGGUGAUCCACUCUGUCAUAUCCUGAGUCCUAUUUUAUUGCAGUCGGCCACAAUGGAGCUGUGUGACUGCUCCCUUUAGGAACAUGGUUGAGGACCACCUCUCUGGUAAACAGAAAUAAAUGGGGGAAAGAGAGCAGGGGAAAGGAAAAUUAUACCCCCUGGAUCCACAUACAGCAAUACAUUUAUUUACACACACAGUGAUUACUCUCUUUUUUCUGGGGUUGCGGCUCGUGUGAUGGGUUUUCCAUUCAGGGGAGAAAAACUUAAGCUGUAAGCCCAUAAGCACUCACUCCAUUGCCGUAUUGAUCGAGCUCUUUAGAUUUUCAUAACCCUGAGACCUCUCUGUCCAUCACUAGUUUGCCAUUUAUCAUAUGCACUACUGACAUGCAUGAUAAAUCCCCACUGAGAAGGGCUGUUUGCUCAUUCACUAUCCUUUUGCAGCACGACGUUCUCUUACAUUGAAAUGCAUUAAUAAAUGGGAGCUAGUUGUGCCUGCCUUCACUCAUGAGUUUGGUAGCUCAGUGAAAGAAAAUGCGGAGUCCAAGCUGGGAUAAACAUGAGUAGAUGCUAUAGACCUUUCAAAUGGAUAUUUGCAAUAUCCCAUUAUCGCAUAUUCCACUAGUUAGUGAGAGAUUGGAGAUGGGGCUUUACUGCAAAGUCAUUAUUUACAUCAAUUUGACCAACUUUUGACAUUAACCAUGAGUUUUGAAAAAUACUAAAGUUGUCCAAAUUAUUUAACUUGACUGUCUUUCAGGUUUGAAUGUCUAAUGGACUUUGUACCCUCCUGAGUGGGUUAGAGGCAAUUAGACUGGUCAAGAGGUAGCCUUGUGUUUAAAGGGACACUAUAGUCACCAGACCCACGACAGCUAAUGUAAUGGUUAUGGUGUCUGUAGCUUGUCCCUGCAGGCUGAGCAAUGCAAAUGCUGUCUUUUCAAAAACAAUGCAGUGUUUUACAUUGCUGGUUAGUAAAAUCUCUAGUAGCAGUCACUCAGACUGCCGCUAGAGGUGUUUCUUGUGUCAAUGCUGCACUGUGUGCAUCAUUGGCGUUCUGCGUCUCCACGCUGAAUAUUCCCCAUAGAGAUACAUGUAUUCAGUGAAUUUCUGUGUGGAGAUUCUCAUUGCUGUGCAUGCACAAUUGCCUCUCAGUGCUUUCUUAUGGAAAAGCAUUGGAUUGGCCAAGAUCAUCAAGAUGAUCCGCUGUUGUGGCGAAAAGAGGAGUAAAAUAGCCUUUUCACUCCACAGAAAGGGUACCGGGGACCUAAACCUUAAUUCCAGAACUAUAGUGUUAGGAAUACAAACAUGUAGUGUUCCUUUAAAGCAUCAACUCUCUCCCACAGCCAUUCACCAGACAGGUUAACUGGCUGCAAUCAGAGAACUUUAUCUGUAUUUGCAGACAUUGUUGGUAACCUAGUUAGGGAUCUUCUCAUCCAUAACAGAGAGAAAUAUAUUUCACUGCAACUAUUAGUGAGAGACUGAGCAGCGUAAUGGCCUGCUAACAUCACACUGAAUUGUAGAGAUCCUCUUGUGGGAAUAAAAAUGAAGUAAUAGGAAAGUGCUGUCUUCUAACGGUUAAUAAUGGGAAGGCUGAAACAUUCAGGCUCUUUGUUCUUUCAGUAUUCCUUUCCUGCUGCAAGGCACAUUUAUUGAAACGCAUGUUGGGUGAUUUAGCAAGGUGAUGGUCAGUGUAAACACCUGCCAUUGUCCAAACUCAAUCUGUUAGAUAAUUUUAUACAGAAAAGCAUACAAGAAUAUUUACAGCUCUUUUCCCCUUACUUUUACUGGAGUCCCUUGUGUGUGUACUGCAAAUGCAGCAAAGAAAGCUAUGGCCCUGAAAAUAGCAAUUGUUAUUUCGAGCCAUAGGUUCCUUUCUGCCCACCCCCUUUUGCAGCUAAAAAUAAAAGUUUAAAAGAGAUUACUUGCCUCCUUUCCAGUGCUGGGAGUCCUCUGCUGUAUCCUCCAGCUCUGGUGAUAUCCUCUUCCAAGCUGACAUCACCAUCAAUUCUAUUACUUUUCUUAGGGAAACAUUGGAUGGGAGAUCUACAUGCAUGGCGAAAUUUAGGAUUCCUCCAAUCAAAUGCUGUUCUUAGCGACAUUUCAUUCCCAGACUAUUUUACAUGGUUCUGGAGGAGAAAGCUGUCACUAGGUGUCUGUUUAACCCUAAUAUAACUCCAGUGUUUCACACUGCAGGGUUAAAAGGACAGGGCUGCUGAACCCAGACCACCUCAUUGAGAUGAAGUGGUCUGGGCGACCAUUGUGUAUCCUUAAUGGUGGCGCAUAUAUAUAUAUAUGCACUGUACUUCCUAAAGCAGAGAGGUUGCUGCAAAACUGCAAAAAAAUGGUAUUCACAAAAAAGAAAAAAAAUCUCUACAUAUUUUAAAUGUAGAUAUAACAUAUAAAUUAGGUGGCACACUGCACUAUGCAAAUGGUGUUUUGGAAACUUCCCAUGUAUGCAGAAAUCCGAACUGUGGCUCAUGUGUAAUCCUUUAAUAUUUGCUUAUAUUUGCAGGUGUUACCUACCAGUCAGGGUGCCCUUCUCUUACUGUGAAGCUCCAUGUGUGAGACCAUGAGUGGAUUUGUCCUUACAGCACUUUAUCUGAUUACAAAUGACACCAUCACUCUCUCACACAUGAAACAACUGUAGAGUUAAUAUACUGAACUGCUAAUUAGGAAGAUUUGACCAGGGAUUUACAAAUUGUAAGCCAAUGAUCUGUGAAUUGUUUUAGCCUGAAAUUUGCCUUACAUGACUCCUGUGUGCACCAAUGGGUGAUGCAUAAACUGAUCAAUGAAUACAUUUCCUGUAAAAUAGGUUUUUCCUUCCAGCUUUCUUGUGGUCUCCUGACAUUUUUUAGCAAAAUUGACAAAAUAAGGCUAAAACAGACACCACCUAUUGAGUCAUUUAGAAUGUGGCGCAGUAAAUUUAUAAAGCAGGGAUCCUGUAUCCACUACAACGGCUGUGGCCUAGGUUAUCUCAUGUUUGCUACCCCUGGCUCAUUGUGUACUCGUGGUUUCUGCCCAGUUUGAAGUAUCAGAUCUUACUUUGCAUGAUGUCAUUGUAUGAUUUAAUCCCUGUUCACUACACAGUCUCCUAUCCAGUUAGAGAACUGAAAUAACGAAGGGACAAAGAAUAUAUCUUUGUUUGACUGACAGGGUUAUUCAAUAAAGCAUUGAUUUUCAGAAAUUCAACAUCAGUUUCAAAUUAUUUGCCAGAGAAGCCAAACUAAUAACACGGAAAACAAAUUUUCCUAGCAAUUUACCUUUACGUGAUUAACCCAGAAUUUCAGGUUUAACGUAAAAAAUAACCAAACUGCUAUAUAGAAUUGCCUUGGACAAUUUUUAGAAUGCCGCUAUUAUGUCAUAAAAUCACGCUGAAUUCCUGUCAAUUUUCAUGUUGAUGAAUAACUUUGUGAGCCCAAAAUACAGAUGUAUUUUACAGAUGUGACACAAUUUAAAUGGUUACCUUGUCUCUAUUUGAAUCAUUUAUACAAAGCAUUGAUAUUGAGUUAGGGGCUAAUAUUAAUGAAUGCAGAUUUUAAUUUUUUAAUUGUUUGUUUUGUGAACACAAUUAAGGUCUGAGAUUAUUUGUGAUAUGUGCUUAACAUGUGUUGGAUAAUUUAUUAGACUUAAAGUACUAUAUACUCUGUGCUUUGCAUCCAGAGAAAAGAAUUGUUUAAAAUGUCAGAAAUCGCAUGAAACCUUUUUAUAUACUGUGUUUUUAUACUUUUUUCUUAAUGGUCUUUGUAAUUUGUAAAAUCAGUUUAUUACUUGAUGUAAACUUAAAGGACCACUAUAGUGCCAGGAAAACAUACUCGUACCCCCACCCUCAGGGUCCCACUCCUGUGGCAAGGAAGGGGUUAAUCCCUUACCUUUUUUCCAGCGCCGGGGACUCUCCUCCAUCUUCUUCUGUCAUCGGCUGAAUGCGCGGCAAGAGCCGCGCGCGCAUUCAGCCAGUCCAUAGGAAAGCAUUCUCAAUGCUUUCCUAUGGACGCUGGCGUCUUCUCACUGUGAAAAUCACAGUGAGAAGCACGGAAGUGCCUCUAGCGGCUGUCAAUGAGACAGCCACUAGAGGCUCGAUUAACCCAUAGGUAAACAUAGCAGUUUCUCUGCUCACUAUAGGCACCCAGACCACUUCAGCUCAAUGAAGUGGUCUGAGUGCCAGGUCCAUCUAGGGUUAACCCUGCAGCUGUAAACAUAGCAGUUUCUCUGAAACUGCUAUGUUUACAUAUGGGUUAAUCCAGCCUUUAGUGGCUGUCUCGCUGACAGCCGCCAGAGGCGCUUCCGCGCUUCUCACUGUGAUUUUCAUAGUGAGAAGAUGCCAGCGUACAUAGGAAAGCAUUGAGAAAUGCUUUCCUAUGGACUGGCUGAAUGCGCGCGCGGCUCUUGCCGCGCAUUUAGCCGAUGACGGAAGAAGAGGGAGGAGAGUCCCCAGCGCCAAGGGAGCCCGGCGCUGGAAGAAAGGUAAGGGAUUAACCCCUUCCUCGCAUUUGGCAAUGCUUUCCUAAUGACUGACUGUGCGUGCGGCUCUUGCUGCGCUUGCGCAUUCAGCGAAAGAGGGAGGAAAGUCCCCAGUGCCGAGGGAGCCCGGCGCUGGAGAAAGGUAAGUGAUUAGCCCCUUCCUCCCCCUAGAGCCUGGUUGGGGGAGGAGAACACCUAUUAACACUAUAGUGCUAUAGUUUGUUUUCCUGGCACUAUAGUGGUCCUUUAACCCCUUCAGGACGGAGUCAAUAGUACACGUUCUGAUCAAAACAAAAUGUAAACAAAAACUGGUAUUUGCGCUAUUGUCACAAACACUGGUCAAAGUUAGCGUUCAUAUUUGUUUUUGUGUGAAAAAAGCAAAAAAACUAAUAUUUGGCCAGUGUUUGUGACUAAGUGGCUACUAAAAAUGACUGGACAUACCCCAUUUGCAAUACCUUGCGUUGUCUAUUUUUUCAAAUGGUAUGCCAUCAUGGGGGUAAUUCUUAUUCCUGGGCUACCAUAUGGUCUCAAAUGCAACGUAACCAAUCUGGCAAAUUACAAUGUGAAAAAAAUGAAAUGCAAGCCUUUUAUUUGACUCUCUAACUUUCCAAAACACCAUAAAACCUGUACAUGGGGGGUACUGUUAUACUUGGGAGACUUCACUGAACACAAACAUAAGUGUUUUCAAAACAGUAAAAUUUAUUACAACAAUAAUAUCGUCAGUAAAAGUGCCGUUCGUGUGUGAGAAAUGCAAAAAAGUAACUUUUACCAAAUACAUCAUUGUUGUAAUACAAUUUAUCAUUUUGAAACUCUAAUAUUUGUGUUCAGCAAAGUCUCCUGAAUAAAACAAAUUUAUUAUUUUAUUGAUUUACUAUUGUAAUUAUACAUGUGUAUGUAUAUAUAUAUAAAACAUAAAAUAUAUAUAUGUAUUAUAUAAUAUAUAUAUCUUAUAUAUGUAACGUAAUUCUAAGUGUAUUUUAAUAUUAAUAUAUGUACUUAUAUUAACAUUAAAAUACCUUACGUAUCACGUUACACACACAUAUAUAUAUAUAUACAUUUAAUUUAUUUUAAAACAUGUUUUUUUUUGUUUGUUUUUUUUUUUUACUUUCCCACCAGCAGGGGGACUGUCUGACAUUUCAGACAGUCCCCCUGCUGGCAGAUCCACAGCCAGCUAUAGGGGGCCAUGUGAUCGCUCUUUGAGAGCGAUCACAUGGCCCCUGGGGGACUCAUUGGCUGGUGGGGAGGGGGGGAGCUGCCUGGGCUGUCAGGCAGCCCUCCAGAAAAGGUAAGUCCACCGGAGCGUCUGGGGCCGAAAGCCGUUAUUGCGUUCUAUGUCACCGCAACGGCUUUAAAGCCCAUUUAAUGCUGGACGGCAUAGAACGGCGUUAAGGGGUUAACUAGUGAACUCAACUCCCUUAAUGCUCUGCUAUCCUGUUUAUGUUGCAGAGAAUCAUUGGUUACAAAGUAUUCCGUUUCAGUAGUAAAAACCAAAAUGUUAAUACUUUAAACCUGGGUGCUUUUCAUGUUUAAGCUUUUGCCACUUCUUUCCCUCACUUGUCCAUUCACUUUAUUUCUUGUGUUGUGUUCAGAGAGGAGGAUUUAGAGACGACCAAGAGAAUCUGGUACUAUAGCUCCAAACUUCAGCUUGCGGAGUUAGUGGAGUGCCUUGACACGGAUUACUGGGAAUCUGACCUCUGCAAGACCCUGGAGGAAAUGCAAGAGGAAAUACACAAACAUAUGGACAUAACAGAAGAUCUAACCAAUAAAGCACGCGGCAACAACAGAUCCUACCUGUCUGUGGUGAAUGGUACGUGGCUGCAGGGACACACACAUGGAUCAGGUCACCAUUAGCCCAGUGCUGCUAUAGGAUAUGUGGAUUUAAAUUUGUAUUGUUUGUCGUUUCUCUUGUAGAUUUUAAGGAGACAUAUUAUUUCAUAGUUAAAUAACUGUAAACGGGAAUUAAAGUAAUUUAGUUACAAAAUGUAAACAAAGCUAAAUAUUACAUUUGUUGCCCACAAUUUGGAAUUGUUUAAUCUUACAUGAAUGUGAUAGACCCUAAUUUGUGCAGUCUGUUAAAGGUGCAUUCCAUACAAACACAAUCUUUUGGGUUUUUUCAGUUGGUGGCUUAAAAAUUAGCUGUAUUUUAUUACAAAUUUGGUUAUAUAUAUAUAUAUAUAUAUAUAUAUAUAUAUAUAUAUAUAUAUAUAUAUAUAUAUAUAUAUAUAUAUAUAUAUAUAUAUAUAUAUAUAUAUAUAUAUAUAUAUAUUUUUUGCAAUUAAAACAAAUGUUUUUGGUGCAUCUUAACCAUACCGCUUGUCCACCCUCAACCUUUCUAAAUAUAUUACAUCUUUGCUUUUUAGUGUUAUAUGUUUGCUUAGAAUCAUUGUUUUUGAGUGGUCAGCACAUGUAUUCAUGCUUUCUUUGCUUUAAAAAAUUAAAAAAAAAUUUACACAGAAGAAUUAAUGGAACAUGUGAAGGCCAAACAAGGUGAAACAGAAGAAAACAACCCCUCAGAAGACAAUAAGACUGGUGAAAAAACUGCUGAGACAGACACAGACAAGAGCAAGGAGCAGACACCGGAUGCCAAGCAAGACGCAAGUAAAGAAGAUCCCAAACCAGCAGCAGAACCUGAGAAAACAGACCUGGAGGGUGAGUAAGCACACUUGGUUAUUUGGGACCCUGAUAGUGUUAGAAUGGAAUGUUAGUCAGAUUUGUUCUCCACUUUGGCUAGAUUCACAAUUACUGAUAGAUUCUGCCCAAAGGCUGUUCUUAGUGUAAAACAACAAAAUAACAUCCUUGUUUUGCAAAACAUUUUUUUGUGUGGUUUUCUCUGGUUUAUAGUUAGUUUUCCAAAUAUAGGUCCAAGAUAGUUUCAUGCUCCCAGUCUGUCAUAUCACCCUAUCCAAAUACAGUAAUUAACGUGUCUCAAUACAGAGCCAGAUGGUGGUAAGAAAACCUCAGACGAGGCUAUUCCUGCGGAUAGUGGCAGCUUUAAGACCCCUGUGAAAGAUGCAGAGCCUCUCACUAAGGAAUCUGCUGGAAUUCCAGAAGAUGGAAUUAAAGUGAAUGAGGGUGAGACACCCACAGCCACCCCAGGUAAGAAGCUAUCUGGUGCAGUAUUUGUUUUUUUUUGCUAUAGGUAUAGUAAUUAGUCUAUAAGCUCUAUGGGACAUUGAAUUAAAGGGACACUAUAGGCACCCAGACUACUUCAUCUCAUUGAUGUGGUUUGGGUGCACUGUCUGUCUCCCACUUAGUCCUGCAAUGUAAAUCAUUGCAGUUUUCGAGAAACUGCACUAAUUACUUUGCAGGACUAAGACUGCCUUAGUGGCUGUCUAUCAGACACGCACUAGAGGUGCUUCCAGGAUUCUAAGGGAGUCUGGGUCCCCUAAAUGACGCUGGACAUCCUCACUCUGUGCAUGAAUACUUCCAGAUUUGUAUUCCUAACACUAUAGUAUGCCUUUAAUAUUCUAAUGCAUAUUUCUAUGUAACCACACUUACUAUAUCCUCAUCUACUGUAGUGUUGUCUGUGAUAUUAAUGAUUACUCACAAUGACACGCAUUGAAUAAUUCAUAAAACAAGAAGUUCUGUAUCCUCGAUUAUCACUUUUGUACAGACAGGGUCAGGGGAGCAGGUACAUCCGCUCCAGCUUGCUCUAAUUUACUGCUCAAAGACCACAACUUCUCAAACUGUGACAGGUGAUUCUUUUGAGAAACGUGGUUUGUUUGGCCAUUAAGUGGAGCCUCCUGGUGGAUAUUCUCAGUACUGAUACAUUAGUCCUGCCUUGCAAGUACAUUAGACAGUGCAGAUUAGUUGUGAGUUUUCUAUUUUUAAUAUAUUUGUGAAUGUUAAAGUAUUUUCUAAUAGUGUUCCUUGCAUUAAUCUAUUCUUAUCCAAUGCAUUUUUUUUCCCUGUGAUAUGGAAUGCAGUUGCUCCAGUCUCCAAUGUGAGUCUUUCUGGUACACAACUGUCCAGCAACGAAGACAGCAAUACCAUACAGGAACAGCGAGGAUUGCUACAAGAGUCCAACAAACCGGUCGACGGUGCAGAGAGUCUAACAAAAACAUCCCAACCAUCUCCUUCCAAGCAGGAAGACUUGGGUAAUGUCCCUAUAGCCACAGAUUAACUAUGUCUGUUGGUGCAUACAAUCACUGCAUGUCCUAGACUGAAGAUGUUUGUGUAUGUGUUGAUCUGAUUUAGAAUGGGGACCACUAUGUUUUUGCAUGUAUUAUAUCUGGUUGAUAUAAUGAUGCAAAAAGGCAUAAUGUAAUGCAUGUGUGUUUUUAUUUGUGGUAUAUCUACUAAACAGUGCUUUGUAUUUAUUUCGUGUAUUUGGACAUUUGAAAAGUGAUCCCCUAUUAAUAUAUUGAUCCCCUGCAACAACAAAAAUAGCUCACUACUUAUUUGACCCCUGAGUGAGUGUUUUAUAACUCCAUUACUUUUUGUUUUCUGUACACAUUAACAUUAAUGUGCAUGUUAUUAACCCUUCCGCUUCAGAGUUGUACCACUUUUCACUGCAUAUAUUUAUAACUCAAAUUAUAUUAUUCUCCCCAUCAUAAUUUCCUCUUUUACAUCACAUGUCUCAUCUCCUUAAUACGGCCCCCUUGUACAUUACCUUAACCUCUUUAAAAAAAUGACAGAGCGGUUGUGUUGCAUAGUAAAUCAUUUUAAACAUCUUAAGAACAAUAACCUUCUUUACCUGUCACAAUUCUCUACUUUAAACAGCUAUCCUCAUCUUAACUCCCUCCUUGUUUGUUACACAUCACAGCAACCAUAAUUUGAUCACUUUUUGGCCACACUCUCUUUCAUUUAAUUUUAGAAUCCCAAUACUUUUCUGUGUCCCGUGCUUACACUGAUCUUGCAAGAGAUUGAUUAUUUCAAAUGUCUCCAUGUUUUGUGAGGGGAAUGAUGCAGUAGGAAUUGUACUUUGCUAUGUUCAGAAAAAGGCCAAAGCAUCUGUCUUAAUAAGCAUUUUAAUGAUGACAACCAUUAUUUUUUAUUUAUAUAUAUAUAUAAUUACACAAAGUAAUUUUAUUUUCACAGUUUCAGGGGAUGUGAAAUCAGAGAAGAGCAGUGGAGAUUUAAUGGAGCACUCAAUCGCAGGGAAAGGCACCCCCGGAUCCUCAAGAAUUGUGACCAGAUUACGCAACCCGGACAGCAAGUUAAGUCUGUUGAAGAUCCAACAGGUCUCAGCUGCUGUCCAUGAAGCAAAUAAGAUUUAUAAGGAAGGCAGAGAGGUUUGUGUUUAUGUGCCGGCCACGUAUGGACCCAACUGCAAACAGUGGACCUCCUUAACCCUCGGUUCUGGCUUUUCUUUUAGUUUCAGCUCCGUAUGUUAUUGGGUAACCUCUCUUUGUCUGCCCGGUAGCUUUGAUAUUCAGUGUUGACCUCCUUCUUUGUGGGUUCACUUACAAAAUCCCUAAAUUGCCAACGCCACUGCCAUAUCUGGGGAAGGAUUCGUUCCAAACUGAGGUUUGACUCCUGCCGCUGUAAACCGUAGUACUGUUUUCCUUUGCAUGCCUUUCCUGGGACGUAACGUCCGGCUUCAUUCAUUUGUGAUCUUUUGUUAUAAUGCAUUGAAUGGAAGUCUUUUUCGGUGCUGGGAAGGAACUCUUGAUAAAAUGUGCAUUUAAGAUGGCAAAAUCUAUAAAUUACUGCUCCAGUGCUAGUAAUUAACUGCCUUAUUCACAAAUUUUCAUCAUCCUCAUCAUCCUUGUUAAGAAUUGGUCGUUCAGAUUUUUGAAUUUAUUUUGGGGGAUUUCUGAGUUUGUGGAGUUCAUUGUAAGCCCCUUGUUUGUUCUUGGUGGUUUAAGUCUAUUUUCAUGGAGUACUCAAAUCUAUUUUAUUUAUUUAUUAUUUUUUUCAGGAAAAUACUUUCGUUGUUGAAAUUCUUAGCUUCCUUGUUACUAUAAAUGUAUAGUUCUCAGUUUUUCAAAGUGUUUUAUUGCAGAGUUUGUAUAGUGUGUAUUGUGGACAGUGACCCUAGUAGACCAUUUCUGAUUUGCUUAUUCCAGCCUCAAUAAUUUAGGAAAAUGUUGAGUAUUCCCUUAUUCAUUUUUGUGUUGUUUAUCAUUUACAGGUUUUAGUGGUUAAUUCUCAAGGGGAAAUCUCCCGGCUGAGCACAAGAAAGGAGGUGGUUAUGAAAGGCACCACAAGCAAUUACUUUAAACUGGGACAGGAGGGGAAAUAUCGGGUGUACCACAACCAGUACUCCACAAACUCGUUUGCACUGAAUAAGCACCAGCACAGAGAGGACCAUGACAAGAGGAGACACCUGUCCCACAAGUUCUGCAUGUCCCCCAUGGGCGAGUUCAAAUGGAACGGAUCUGUGCAUGGGUCAAAGGUGCUGACCAUAUCCACAUUAAGGCUGACAAUCAUUCAGCUGGAAAGCAAUAUCCCUGCACCAUUCCUGCAUCCUAACUGGGCAUCACAUAGGUAAUAUCACACAACACUAUCCCUGCCUUCUCAGCCAACCCAUAAUCCUGUAUUGGGCAUCUGGGAAUUGAACAUUAUAAACAUUUGGGAAGCUGCACUUUACAACAGUUUCUGCAAAACUAUUUUAAAUUUUGCGGCUGGCUAAAUGUCUUUGGACUUGCACUGCACUUUUCAUUAGUCAGUGGCCUUUUUUUAAAUUUUUUUUUAUAUAUAUAACAUUUCACCCUCACGAGCAAAGAUGUACACACAAACGGACAUGGCACACACACUGGAUCCCACCAUACACACAGAUGUUGCACACGCAGGAGCACCAUCAUUCACAUACUGACUAAGCUUUGACAGCACUGGUACAGAGGAUACCAACAGACAUUGCACAAGCAUACAGAAAGCCAGCAUAUACAUUGACCUUGCAUGCACACAGUAUAUAUAGAGAACAAGGACAUAGACACAAUAUGUAGUGAUAUUAAACUUAGAGACAUUCUCAAUGUAUGUACACACCGAAAAUGGGGCACUGGUACCGUAAGGAAUAAAGCCAGUCCUGCUUCAAGGAUGGUCCAGUUUUGACUAAAAAUAAACUUUUUUUUGUUAAAGUUUAUGCUUACUCGUGCUUGCCCAAUGUGGGUGUAUUUGUCGCCAGCUAAGCUAGAGUUUUUGAAAUGUUUUUCCUACACCACAGGAUAAAUUCAGGGCAGGUCCAUUUAGUCUUUUCUUCUCCUGUGAUCAUCGUGAUAAAUACUGCUGAGUUAAGUGAUAAUUCAGCUGGUAAUCACAGCAUUUGAAUGUGUUGUAUUAAGACAUUAUAUGUUUGUUUUAUGUCGUAUUUUUGCAGAGCUCCUUCUCUAGUGUGACCUCUCAAUAAAAACUCUUCAUUUUCUCGAAUAGGUCAAAUUGGAUAAAGGCUGUUCAAAUGUGUAGCAAACCGCGAGAGUUUGCACUUGCUCUCGCUAUAUUGGAGUGCGCAAUUAAACCUGUUGUUAUGCUGCCAAUUUGGAAAGACUGCUUGGGUCACACACGGUAUGUAUUUGGCAUUUUAUCUUUUUAUUUAAGAGUGAGAAGUGGCCAAACCUUCUGCAGACACUUAAGAUCCUUGCUUCACAUUAUCACUUGAUACUCAUGACCAAUAUUUAAAUUAUUUUGUUAAUUUCCCUGCUGUGUUUUGUCCCCAGGUUACGUAGAAUGACAUCUAUGGAGAGAGAGGAGAAAGACAAAGUGAAAAAAAAGGAGAGAAAGCAAGAAGAGGAAGAAAGCAUGCAACAGGCCACGUGGGUGAAGUAUACGUUUCCUGUAAAACAUCAGGUAGGUCGCGUGGAGAGCAAUACGUCUUUCGCUGGAAAUCCCUUUAGCCAGUCUAUCUUGCUAAAUGCUCCAUUCCCUUCCUCAGUGCAUUGUGUGACUUGUUCCUUGUCAAUAGGUUUGGAAACAGAAAGGUGAAGAGUACAGAGUCACAGGCUAUGGUGGCUGGAGCUGGAUCAGUAAAACGCACGUUUACCGUUUUUUCCCUCGCUUUCCGGGAAAUACCAAUGUUUCUUACAGAAAAGCCAUGGGUAAGUUUUUCAGAUAUUUCUCAUGUAUACGUUUUGUUUCCAGUUUGUUUGGUGUGUUCGAAAUUAAAGACAUAAAAACGUUUUCCGCCCCGACUAUUUUGUGUUUCAGUAAAAUGUAGCGAUGAUGCUGAAAACCAUACAGCAAUCAAAUCCGAGACCAAUGCAAAGGAUGAAGAGACAAAGCCCGUGACGACCUCUCAAUCAGAAAGCAAAGAAGCAGAUCCGGAGGAACAGAGGGACCAAAUUAAAGAGGAGAAAACGUCAGAGAAGGAAGAGGGUGAAAUGGACAUUGAUGUAAAGCCAGCAGAUAUGGAUAAGAUGUCAAGUAAAGGUAUGAUGUGUAUGGCCAGCUAUGUGCCUCUGUAUAUGGGUUUAGCGUGUACCCACGCUUACUGGAAGUGACUGCACUUGGGAUUGUGUGAUCUCAUUAUCUGUACAUGUUUAGGAUUGUAUAUUUAUUGGCAGUUUAGGAUGUUUGUUUCUGAGUCUGGCUAGAGAAUCAGAGGUCUAUAAACAUAUGUUUAGGAUGUACAUAUAUUUGAAGUGUCUGGAGAUUGUGAGAUAUUCUAUGUGUACAGGUUUAGGAUAUUUGUGAAUUUGAUGUGACUGACCUGAGGAUUGUAAAAUCUGAUUCCUUGCAUACAGUUUUAGGGUGUGCAUGAAUUAGGGGUGACUGCACUGGGGGUUGAGAUUUCUUUGUGUACAGAUUUAGAUUGUAGAUAUAAUGGCAAAGGCAGGGCUGGCAAUUUUAAAAUUGGAUUGUGUUUGCAGGUUUAGGAUGUACAUGCUGCUGCAACCUGCAGUCAUUUUCUCUUCGGAGAAAUAUUUAUAUUAAUAAUUUUUUGUAAAUGACUGUAUUCCUGCUGGAGCACCAAUGGCAUUAUAAUAAAGUGUAUUUAUUAUGUUGCGUGCAUACUUUUAUUUCAUGUCCCAAAUCUUGUGUUUAUAGAUGAAAAAGAAUUGCACUGUGAAAACGAUAAGCUUGUCAAGGGGGAACCGAUGGAGGUGGAUGAAAUUAAACCUGAACCAGGCCUAAAAAAGGAGGAAACAUUUCCUGAUUUUGAUUUAAUUAACGUUAGUGAGGGGUUUCAAGCAAGGACUUGGUAUAAAAAGAAAGUAAAAACCUCACGAUUAGAUGGACUUUUGGAAAGGAGAGUCAAACAGUUUACACUUGAAGAAAAACAACGCAUAGAAAAACUAAAACUUCGCUGUGCUGCCAAACCAGGUUCUGACCCCCCAAAAAGAGAGUCCGAGAGCCUUCAUUGUGAUUCAUCUUUGCGUAGAGCGGGUAUUGGAAGCAGACCGCUUUUAAAGGAAUUCAAUCACCAGGACAAACUCUCUGGCACUGCUGCGGAAGAUAAACCUUUCACAGAAGCAAGUGUGGCAGCAGACAGGCAGGAGAUAACAAACGUUUCUUCCAGCAAAACACUUCCUGUAGCAAGCCACCAUGAGAACAGCAAGCCUUUCACAGAUGUGCCUCCAGUGACAAACAGCCAGACAAUGCACAAACCUUCCAAUCCCAGCAAUAUAGACAAUCUUACUGAUAACAGAGCAGGUGUGACAUCCAACACGGAGAACACGCAAAAUGAAAAUCCAUCAGAAACUAGGGAAACCAUGCAAAGUGGAGAUUUAAAUGUAACUGAAUGUCACAAUGGGAAACAAAAUGCAGACCUUCUACCAGGUGGCACUGUCAAUAAGGUCUCUUCCCAGAUCUGCAGCUUGCCAGCUGGCAAAAUGUUACAAAGUGAAACAAAAAGUCAGGAUAAUUCAGAAAAGCUGCCUUUGGAAAACUGUUCCAAUGUCAGCACAGAGAGAGCUUCACCUAUUCCACAAGGAAGCCAACCCGAAGAGCAAUGCUGCUCUGAAAAUGUUUCACCUGGGGAGGGAAAUGAGGAGUCUUCGAAAAAAAACAUUACACCAUGUCAGGAAGUUAUGGAGCCCAGCUUACAAGGAUGUCUUGAGGGCACUGGAGAGCACUGCAUGGACAAUUCAAACCGCAGGAAUGAACCUUCUACAACAAAAGAUUCCUUAAAGGAUGAACCGGGAUCAGAAAACACUCAUGGAUCCAAACCACUGCCCUUUCCUUGCAAAUAUACAUCUAAUGGUGACCCACCAAAGGAAGGUGGAAAGCUGUUUGGAGGUCUUAUUUAUAAAUAUGAUAAGAAAGGCAUCAAAAAAUAUAAGUCUGAUAAGCUAGAAAUCGCUGCUCAGAUCAAUGGGAAAGAUGCGAAUUGUAAGAAAGACUGUUUAACAAAUGACCUGAGUGAAAGCAAGAUUGAAUCAAAGGUAAAUAACCUCUCAAAAACUGUUCCUGACCUUGAGGUUAAAUCAUCAAAGCACCUUAUGAAUGGGGACAUUAGCAUGGAAAGUACUGACACACCAUUACAUGCCAGUCCAUCAGCAGACACUGAGCUGGCUUCUGAAAAAGAUUCCACGGUAGAACAUUCCCAGAAAUCUUCCAGUGAAUGGAUUUCUGCAAAGGAAAGUCAUUUUGUUGAUAGUUUGUGUAAAACAGAUAAUCCAACAACUCAAAUAAAUGAUAAAGUUGAAGAAAUGGAAACUGAAGGAAUUCAGAAGGCUACCCCAUCGCAGGUGACAUCCGGGGAAGAAUCAAGUUUAAGCAUUGACUUCAAUGAACAGAACGGCUUGACCACAGAGAGCGUAAAUGGGGUUAAUAGAGUCAAAACUGUUACUGAAGUAAUUACUACAACAGCAACCAUCUCUACUUCCAGGACAGUUGUCCAGGUGUCCAGUGGAUUGGUAUCUGAGGUUGAAAAAACUGUUGUGUCCUCCACAGAAAACACUGCUGUUUCCAGCGUAACUAAGAUCACUACUGUGACUGAGGUGAGUUCCCCCAGUGCUGAUAGCGAGCUGGACGUGUCGGUAAAAGAGCAGCGUAAGACUGUUGUUACUUCGGUGACCGACUCAACAACUGCCAGCAAUGUUUUAUGUUCCAUGACACUCAGUAAGGAGUAUUCCACCAAGGACAGGGUGAGGCUAAUCAAGUUCACAAGAGCGAAAAAGACCAGGUCGGGAACGGCGCUUCCAUCUUACAGAAAGUUUGUCACCAAGAGCAGCAAAAAGAGUAUUUUCGUUUUGCCAAAUGAUGACCUGAAAAAAUUGUCAAGAAGGGGUGGCAUUAGAGAGGUUUCUGGAUUUAAUUACAAUGCUAAACCUGUACAAGAUAUCUGGCCUUACCCAUCCCCACGGCCAACGUUCGGGAUAACAUGGAGGUAUGUAGUGUCUCAGAGGACAAUGUAUGAUCUAAAUAUGGAUUAAUUUGCACAGUUCUGUAACCCUGAAGGGACUCCACUGCCUGCUUGUUUUUCAGCCUUUGUUAGCAGUAUUAUCUGGUGUAUUAGUAGCAAAGGACUGAAACUAUCUGAUCUAACCUCUAUUAUUUUAAAUAUCUAGAAGGGUUUUCUUUCACAGUAAUCUUUAUAGAGAUGAAAAUAUAAAUAUAACCUGUCGAAGUGAACAGAAAGGCUUAACAAAUCAUAGCACACACACAUUUACUGCAUGUAUGAACAUUUAGUGUAAUAAGUGAUUGGGCCUUACAGUACAGUUUGUCUUGUUGCAGAACGCAUGUGAGUUAGGGCGGGGGGGGGGCGCGCGAGACACCAGUUUAUCAAGUGGCACAGUACUUUAAAUCUCUAGGCACCUUGCAUACCCUUCUAUUUAGAUAUAUACUAGCAUGCCUCACAGGUACCAGAUGCCGUCUAAAUAAAGUUUGUCAUUUAUAUCCCUAUGAUUUGUGCAGAGUUUUACAACCUGCAACUUCUUGUUUGCUUUGCUAUUGAGCCAGUGUUAGCUAUAUAUCAAAUUCAUAUUCUUAGAUUUCCGUGUAGGGAAGUUCACAUCUUUACCAAGUUCCUUCUGAAAAUGAGCUAUAAUUCCGUGUGUUUACUCAUCAGACACUGACUGUAUAGUGAUAGAGUUUUACUCCAUUAGUAAGCAAUGGAAUGGUUAUCGAUCUCUAGAACAACCUGUAAGUAUAGAAUGGAGUAAAUGGAGCCAGGCAAACUGUAUACUGAUAAAUGCUUACUCAGGCAAGAUUGAUUGAAAACUUGGAGCAUGCAAGGUCUUUGGAAGGUGAUGUAAAGAGUUUUUGCAUGGACACUUUAUCAAUUAGAUUUUUCUAGCUGAGAUUUUGUAAUUUCUUAGGACCUUGAAUUACUGAUAAAUACUGCAUCUGAAUCUCAUUGAAAUUCCAACUCAAUCCAAAGAUAUCAUAAGACAAAGUAGGGAUUACUUUGUCUUAUGGUAAAGCUUGAGUUUGACAAAACGAGGAGCUCCUCAGUCAACCUUUGUCGAAUCCCAGCAGCUGUCACAAAUGAUAGCUGUGGGAUUCAGGCACUGUCUAUAGAGGAUCCUCCAUAGGCCUCAGUGUUGUACUGUCAUGGUUCCUGUCAGCUGAAAUGUAAGUAAAACUCACCUACCCCAUGUUCCCGGACUCGCACCACAUUUGUCCAUUUUUGGGUUCUUUGCUAAAUAUGCAAAUUUUUCCGAAAUAUCCGCUUUAAAAUCUAUAAACACAGGAAGUCUGUAACUGGGUCCCCACUGCCCUGUAAUUAGUUCCCCCUCAGGUCUGUGUGAAGCUUUAGCUUGUUUAGAACAUUACAGAAAAUAAUCGUUGGCAUUAAUGACACUGGAUCCUUAAUGCAGGUACCGACUCCAGACUGUAAAAUCUUUGGCCGGUGUGAGUCUCAUGCUUCGUUUACUCUGGGCCAGUUUACGAUGGGAUGAUAUGGCAGCGAAGCCGCCUCCUGGUGGAGGAAUAACCCGAACAGGUAAACUUUUUAUUUUGCUUCUGGAAAUAGUUAGUCGUAGUUCCCAGGCCAGAGGCCAUAGCAGUCAAAAUAUCUAUUGUGCAAAUAGACAUCUUUUUUUAUUGUGUUGGUAUUUUUAGUUAUAGCAUUUAAAUAACAAAUGUAUUUGUUUACAGAAACGUCUGAAACAGAGAUUACAACUACAGAGAUAAUAAAGAGGAGAGAUGUUGCUCCAUAUGCAAUUCGCUCAGAAUAUUGUGUACGAAAAAUCAUUUGCCCCAUUGGCGUUCCUGAAGCACCAAAAGGUGGGUGUGUGACACUAGUUUUCUGCAAUCCCGUAGAAUUAGAAGAUUGCUAUCGGAUGGAUUCCUUUAUAGUAAUAGAGAUUCCGGACUGUCUGCAUUCAUUCAGAAAUCCACUUCCACUAUUCUCCAAUCCCAUAACUGCUCUACUUCCAAUCAAUAAUCUGAUUACAGGUAUAGGUUCAGCCAGCAGUCUGUCUACAUUAUACUGUGACCCCCUGACUGCUACGUCUCUGAUCAGUAAUCUGAGUACAGGUAUAGGUUUAGCCAGAAGUCUACAUUAUACUGACACCCCCUGACUAUGCUACAUCUUAGAUCAGUAAUCUGUUUAUAUUGUACUGUGACCCCUGACUAUGCUACAUCUCCCAUCAGUAAUCUAAGAAUAUUAUACUGAGACCCCCUGACUGCUACAUCUGUGAUCUUUAAUCUGAGUACAUUAAAGUGCCAGUCCCUGACCACCCUAGGUUCAGCCAGCAGUCUAGCUACAUUACACUUUCUAAUUACGCUAUACUGUGAGCCUCUGACUGCCCUGCACUUGUUGAUUACACUAUUUUGUGAGCCCCUGACUGCCAAACACUCAUGGAUUACUCUAUACUAUGAGCCCCUAAUUGCCCUACACUCACUACUUACACUAUUCUGUCAGCCCCUGACUGCCCUACACAUGAUUGAAAAAAAUCUGACUGAAUUGUACUCCAAACUCCCUGAUUGUCCUAUGUUAGAUCUGAAAUCAGACCAAAAUAUUUUAAGUCCCUGGUUGAUCUGUGCUAGCAAAGGAAUGUUAAAUUGCAAUAGUAGUCUGUGACAAUGCCGGAAUAUUAAGUUUUAGUUUUCUCUCCUAUGUGACCUCUGUUCAAGAAAGAAUAUGAUUGUCAUGACUGACAUAUAUGAAUUUGCUCAAUCUUCUUAGGUAAUGGAAUGUAUUUCAUUAUAUUGCUACAAAAGAAACAACUAUUUGUUUGCUAUUAAAUGUUUGUUACUUGUAGAAACACCAACACCACAAAGAAAAGGGCUUCGUUCCAGCGCCCUUCGUCCAAAAAGGCCAGAAACCCCCAAACAAACAGGUCCCAUCAUCCUGGAAACAUGGAUCGCAGAGGAAGAGCUUGAUUUAUGGGAGAUCAAAUGUUUUUCAGAAAGGUAACUUUGCAAUUUGUUUUACCAGGGGUAAUGCAAUCGUCUUGCUCUGCAAACUGCGAUCUGUAAUGGCACCUCUCUCUAUUGUAGGGUGGAGAAAGAGAAGGCUCAGGCUGUGGAGCAACAGGUUAAGGUUAGUGAUCAGAAGAAAGCAGAGGAAAUGAAGCUCCAGGUGGAGGCUCAGCUAAAGCAACAACGCCUGACUGCACAGCAGGUGGGGGAGGCAGCGCGUUUUACCUGCUUAAAACACAAACUUCAAAUGUGUGUGAACUAAUGGCAUCCUUAACAUGAGUGGCAGUGCAUAUACCAAACCUCACAGUUUCGAUUCUGUGUCCCUCUAUCCUGUUGUGCCUUGCAUUUCCCCCGCAUAUCAAUCUUUAUUUUACACUUUGGUGCAAUCAUUACGGGCUAUGAUCAUGGCAAAAUUUGCUAAAAUACUUAGAAUGCCUUAAUUCAGUUUGUGUGUAUUUGAAGUGACCUUUAGUGGUUUAUUCCCUGCACAUGGAAUGUGGACAAUGUUCUGUUUUUGGCCAUACACACUGUUUAUUUUCCCCCCAUUUGGCUAUUUUUAACCUAAAAUUAUAGAUCCCUUUGUCAGUUUUGUACCCAGUUAUAACCCAGUCUAGUGAAUUAACCCAAAAAUCUGCAGCAUGACCGGUAGAUUGCUGUCCACAGGCGCCAUAAAUGUUCCUAUAUUUAUUAUAAAAAGAGCUUAUUUUGUGUUUGUUUUGUUUUAUUUGGGGGGAGGGGUGAAAUAAGGAUACUCCUUAUUUAUUACCCUUUAACAAACUUGAUUUUAAUCUAACAGUAAACAAUUUGCCUCCAGAAACGACUAGAGCAACAGAAACAACUGAACUCUGUCAGCACGGUGAACCCCACCACAACCAGCACCACCAUGUCACCAGUUUCAACACCACACAAGGUUAUGGUUGGUUCCUUAUCCAGUCCUGGAACCAAAGUGGUUCUUGCCACAAAGGUUGGUUCCCCGGCCACCGUAACAUUCCAGCAAAACAAAAACUUCCACCAGACGUUUGCUACCUGGGUUAAACAAGGCCAGACCACUACAGGUAAUUUCAUAUUGUCCAUGCUGCAUCUGUGAUGUAUGAUGUAUGUUUACGAUGAACUAAUAGUGUACUUUAGUUUGUUUUAUUAAUUUAGCUCUGGCAGUAUUUCACCCCUUAAGGACACACGACAUGUGACAUGUCACGAUUCCCUUUUAUUCCAGAAGUUUGGUCCUUAAGGGGUUAAGUAGUUAUUUGUCUCCCAUGUUAACCCCUUCACGACCUCUGACGUACCAGUACGUCCAACAAAAAAAAUGGUAGUUAAUGACCUCAGACGUACCUUGUAUGUAUUAAAUAUUAUACAUAUGUAUAAAUUAAAUUUUUUUAUAAUAUAUAUGAUUUCAUUAGAAGUGUACUUUAAGAUAUAUACACAUAUAUCAAAAUACACUUAUAAUGAAAUAUUGUAUAUGUAUAAUAUAUUAUAAAAUGCUUGAAUUAUUUUCCAAUAUAUUAUAGAUAUAUAGGAAAUAAGUGUGUGUGUGUAUAAAUAUAAAAAUAAAUAAAAUAAAUUUGUAAUUUAUAUUAUAUAUACAUAUAUAUAAUUUUACACGUGUAUAUAUAAAUUACAAAAUAUUUAUAUAUAUAUAUAUACACACACACACACACACAUUCUACAUAUAUUUAGCUAUUAACUACAUAAUUAUUUGAUUUUACUAAUUAUAAUUUCAGAGACCUGCCUGCCAACCCAAGCACAAAGUCCAGAGAAUUUAAUUGGCAAGCCUUAUAUUUAACCCCGUAACUUUCCAAAACACCAUAAAACCUUUACAUGGGGGGUAUAGUUAUACUCGGGAGACUUCGCUGAAAACAAAGAUGAGUGUUUUAUCAUGACGAUGAUAUCACCAGUCAAAGUGUAGUUUUUGGUUGUUUAAAAAACAAAACAAAAUAUGAACGCUAACUUUGGCCACCGUUUGUGACUAAGUGGCUACUACAGAAGAAUGGAAAUAUCCAAUUUUAAAUACCCUGGGUUGUCUACGUUUGAAAAUGGUAUGCCGUGAUUAGGUUAAUUCACAUCCCUGGGCUACCAUGUGAUCUCAAAAGGCAACAUAGCUAAUCUGGCAAAUAGCAAUUUACAAUAACAGAAACUGGCAAAUCUUAUGUUUGACCCUGUAACUUUUCACCAUACAACCUGUUGUACCCGUGAGACAUUACUCUACACAAAUAUGAGCGUUUUAGAGCAGUAAAAUGUAUUAUACUGAUAUCAUCAGUGAAAUGACCGUUUAUGUGUGAAAAAUGCAAAAAAAACACAAAACAAUAUUAAUGCUAAUUUUGGCCAGGGUUUGUGACUAAAUAGCUACUAAAAAAGACUGGACAUACCCCAUUUUGAAUACCGUGGGUUGUCUACUUUUACAAAUGGUAUGACUUGAUGAGGUUAAUUUUCAUUCCUGGGCUGCUAUACGGUCUCAAAGGCAAAAUAGGCCCAGCAAACCAAUCUGGCAAAUUUCAAUGUGCAAACACGGAAAAGGGGAAAGCCCUACAUUUUGACCCCUGUAAGUUUGCAAAAAAACAUAAAACCUGUACAUUGGGGGGUACUGUUGUACCCAGGAGAUGUUGUUGAACACAUAUUGGGGUGUUCUUGGUCAGUAACACAACAGGAACUGAGAAUCCAUGCCUAAAAUACAAUGUGAGAGAAAAAGAACACAAAAAAAUAACUACCCAAAGUUAUACAAAGACUGGUGGUAGAAUUAGUGCAUGAAAAGUUUUAAAAUACCACCAUUUAAAAUACCCUAGGGUGUCUACUUUUCUAAAAUAUAUGGUUUAAUGGGGAUAAAUUACGUUGGCUGGCAAAGGAUCAAAUGGAAUUUCCAGAAAUGUAAUCUUUGCAUGUUUUAUAGAUAUUUAAUGGAAGUGGAUAUAUCCUUCAUGGUGCCUCACUGGUGAUUUGUAUAUUUUCCAGCCUCAAGUACUGCUGUCACAUCUGGCUCUACCAUUGUUACUGCUGGCCAGACCUUCCAAUUUACGGGAAGUCCUGUUACCAUGGCUGGGAAAGUCCUUACUAAACUGCCUCUUCCAGCCAACAGCAAACUUGUGGCCGUGAACGUGCCAACAACUCAAGGAGGUUAGUGUGUGUAUCUCUGAAAAGGUUGGGGCAUAUUCUCCUAUUUCUAUAGGCUAAGCUAACCAUACGUGUUACUUGUCAUGCAGGUGUAAUGCAGGUUCAGCAGAAAGUAUUGGGGAUUAUUCCAUCCAAUGCAGGAGGUCAACAAACCUACAGCACAUUUCAGCCUCGAACAGCGACUGUUUCCAUCCGACCCAACAGUAACAAUCCUGGGGUUACCACUGGAACCAAUCAACAGGUACUGCUAAAAAAUCAUAUUGAUGCCAGGCUUCUUUUAUGGCAAUCGUCUUAUGAAAACAUUUGAAGAGAAAUCUAUCAAGAAGUGUAAUAGUGCGGUUCUGCUGCACUUGUUGAAAAUGAUUGAAAUAUAAAGCCUUGAUAAAAAAUGGAUUCUGAAUUAAGCAACUUAACAAAAUAUGUAUUUACCUAUUUGAAUACUGAAUAGAUGUUUUAGUUAUGAGCAUACAAAACUGACAGACAAUUCGCUAAAAUUAUCAAAGUGGGUUUUAGAACAUUGAUCCAGAAUUGUUUUAGAGAAAUAAGUCCCAUUGGCUUUCUUGCACAAAUAAACAUAAUCGACGUAUAAACAGUACUAAAUAGGCGAAUAUCACUAGGUACAAGAGAAUACAGUUAGCACUGUAACGUAGCUUAGAACCAUUCUAACAGAAGUAUUUGUAUAACAUGUCUCUUUACAUAUAUAGUUGAUCUGAUAUUGUCUUUUGUGCAGGUAAUAACCGCUGGUGCUCAGAUGAGACCAGGAAUGACUGUUAUCCGAUCACCGCUGCAGCAGUCUUCAAUAGGAAAGGCAAUUAUUCGGACACCGCUGGUCGUUCAACAAGGAAUCCUUCCUUCUGGUAAUAUAAUAUGUUCUUAAGUGCAAACAAAUGCUGUUUUCACUAACAGUAUUUUGUGCAUUGAGAAACAUCGAAGUUGAUCUGUGGUUUCUAAUUACUUGUAAUGUCUGCUGACUAUAUUUGUGUUUUUAUUAUGGGUGUUUAAUAGAUUUUUGGGGAUUUUCUUUAAAAAAAAAUAUAUAUGUAAAUGUAUGUACUUUUUCUUAACACAAUAUUUAGAGCUGGUUAAUAAUAAGUAAAAAAAAUAAAAAAAAAAAAUAGAAAAACUACAAUCUACGUGGGCAUGUUCUCUUUAACAUUUCCCAAGGCACUAGAUAUAUAAUUUUAUUAUAUAAUAUUUAUUCAUAGUGAUAAAUCAUAUUUUUAUUACACCAGCAGCCCUUCGUCCAGCGAUGUCAUUUUCAGGUCUCUAGGUGUUGUAUCCUUACUCCCACACACUUUUGCUGCUUUCUGUAAAUGGCCCUGUUUGGGACUUUUUCCCCAAGGAAGGCCAUCCUUUGUGCUGCCAACAUGCAAGCAUGUGGGUGUCUGUGAGUUGCAUACUCCCUGAGUAAGCGUGAGGAACGCCUGCUGGGGGAGCAACACAAUGACUGGGGGCAAAAGUACUUUGUGGAGGAGGGUACUCUUACUCCCCCUGUCACUUUCUAUUUGGCAUUAGACCCUGUGUACCACUGGAUUGACAAAUGAGGGAGAAGCGAACAUUUUAUAGAGAUUUAAGUUAAAAUGUGUGCAUUUGCUAGUAAUUCUCUCAGUACAAUGUAUAGAUGAAAAUAAAUCCUCUUUAAAAGAAGAUAACUGUUUGUUCCAUGAUCGGUACACUUUAACUCCUAAACAGCAGAGAAUUGAGCAGUGAGACUGCAAGGCCAUAACAUGUACGGGUGGUCCUCACUUUACGACCUACCUGUUUUACAACAACUCGGACUUACGACCAGCUCUCUAGCGUAGGGAUUUGAAGGAUUCCCCACGAGAGCUGCUCUAUAUUUAGGGAAUUUUCCCUGAGCAUAGAUUUCAGAGAUUCCCUGCGCCAGUGAGCUAAUCUAUGUUCAAGGAUAUUUCCCCGAACAUAGAUUUGCGGAAUUCCAUGCGCUAGUUAAUUGGUCUAUGUUCAGGGGAAUUUCCGACCGAGUUGUAAGAACAGAACACAGUAAGUGAGGAUUGCCUGUACUCCAAAAACACUUCAUUAACCCCUUAAGGACCAAACUUCUGGAAUAAAAGGGAAUCAUGACAUGUCACACAUGUGUCCUUAAGGAGUUAAAGGGAUACUAUAGGCACCAAGAUCACCUCCACUUAAGUGAUCAGGGUGCCUUGUCAGUUUAGGUUUAAAUCUGCAAAUGGAAACGUUUCCAGGUUUGAAAUGCCUCUAGUGGCAGUGACACUAGAGGCACUUCUGUGGAAUUAGCCCAGUUAAACUCUUGUUUUAUGGGUUUUUCCUAUGGGAAAGCACUGGAUUGCCUGAUAUCAUUAAAGGACCACUAUAGGCACCCAGACCACUCGAGCUUAAUGAAGUGGUCUGGGUGACAGGUCCAUCUACGAUUAACCCUUUCUGCUGUAAACAUAGCAGUUUUUCAGAGAAACUGCUGUGUUUACCUAUGGGUCAAUCCAGCCUCUCAUUGACAGCCGCUAGAGGCGCUUCUCACUGUGAUUUUCACAGUGAGAAGACGUCAGCGUCCAUAGGAAAGCAUUGAGAAUGCUUUCCUAUGGACUGGCUGAAUGCUCCUGCGGCUGUUGCCACGCAUGCGCAUUCAGCCGAUGGCGGGGAAAGGAGGCGGAGAGUCCCCACCGCCGAGGGAACCCGGCGUUGGAGAAAUGGUGUUUAACCCCUUCCUCACACCAGAGCCCGGCUGGAGGGGGGCCCUAAGGGUGGGGGUGGGGGGGACCUAGAGACCCUAUAGUGCCAGGAAAACUAGUGUGUUUUCCUGGCACUAUAGUGGUCUUUUCAGAGUUGUGAUCUCCACAAAUGAGUUGGGGUGACUGCAUAGAGAGCAGCACAGCAAUGGCAAAAAGGUGAGUAAGCUGUUUUUUUUUUUUUUUUUUGUUUUUUAAAUCUUUUAAAAAAAAUAUUUUAUAUUCCUAAAUCUAUAGUGUCCCUUUAAGCUCAAAUGGUAUUUGGUGGUUUGAGUGCUUUAAAAUGACUUUACAAAAGCACAUCAUUUAUGAAAAGCAUUUUUGUUGGAAUUGACUGAUGAGGAACACAUAUAUCAUAGUGAUAAUCAGGGUGGUUCGCUUCUGUUGAAAGAAAUCUGCUACAUCAUAGAUUUGUGCAUAAAAUUCGGGACACUGUAUGCACUAAUAUCCCUCUUGUUUGCUCUCUUUUUAGGCCAACCACAGCAAGUUGUAACUCAGAUCAUUAGGGGCCAGGCUGUUUCUACCACAAUGCCGGCUGGAACCCCUGUGUCAGCUGGUGGGCCGAAGAUGAGCACAGCGGUGCAGCAAGCACAUCCACAAGCAACUGCUUCUCAGACUCCCCGACCUCAGCAGGGCCAGGUGAAACUGACAAUGGCUCAGCUCACUCAGUUAACACAAGGCCAGGUAAAGAAACCUUCCACAUAGCACACAGAGAUGUUUUUGUAAGUGGAGAUUUGUUGACAAGAGGCAUAAUGACAGGCCCCAGUUGUUUAGCUCUUCCCUUGUACUCUGAUUGAUAUGUUAUUGGUUUGUUUCAGGGUGGAAACCAAAGCCUAACUGUGGUGGUGCAAGGUCAAGGACAGACUACAGGUCAAUUACAACUGAUUCCCCAGGGCAUGACGGUUAUCCCAACUCCAGGACAGCAGUUAAUGCAGGCUGCAAUGCCAAAUGGUACCAUCCAGCGUUUUCUGUUUACCCCAUUGCCACCGUCAUCAUGUUCUGCCAGCACAACCAUGACCUCAACACCCAGUAGCACCACUCCAGGUAAAUCAGAGGGAUUGCACACCAUGAGAGUUUGCAAUAUGUAUUUAUAGAUUGGCUGCAUCACAUAUGUCAUUAUCUCUGAAACGAGGAAAUAGGCACAAUAUGUGUAAAACAAGUUGUUAACCCAGUCACGAGAAAGAGGGGAUGGAUGUUACACAUUUUAUAGGACUACCAUAUCAAUAUAUAUAUAUAUAUUUAACAUGAAAUCCAUAGAAAAGUACCAAUUACCUGGGAUAAUGUAUCUAUUCCCUUGCAGCUUCCAUGUCUUCUGAGCAGAAACCAGCAUCACAAAGCCAGCUGCAGAGUAAUCCAGUACCUCCGCUGGGUCCAUUACAGGCUCCAUCCCGGUCUGAGAGUGCAGACCAAUCACAAUACCAAGCUCUGGCUCCCAUGCAACCCCAGGUCCCUGCUCAGCCCCAGUCUCUUUCUCAUGUCCAGCCACAGCUGCCCACAACAUCUCAUCCACAGACAGAUGCAAGUCCCGGUGUAGAGCAGCCACAUCCACUUCCUGGCAGUCACCAAUUGGUUCCAGAGACUCAGCAGAGCAGAGAAGGUCAGCCUGUAACAUCUGUUGGCACCCAACCUUCUUCAGACGUCAAAAGCUCUGUUACUCAAGUGUCCAUUCCGCAGGCUGCCACUCAGGUCUCACUGCAAAACCAGCCUCAGCUUGUUAACCGACAACAGCCUUCAACCCUGUCGCAGACAGCAAGCCACAAACAGUCUGUGCAGAUGGCAGUGCCGACUUCCUUCCAGAUUCAAGCACCAGUACAGACUUCGCAGCUCCCAGCUUCAACUCUUCCUCAAUCUCAGGCCCACAUCCAGACGUGUCAGACAGCAACCCAAGUUACUGUCCAAUCUCCUUCUCGAGCUCAGCUUCAUAUCCAGCCGUCCCAGGCCCAAGUCAUUACUGUACCACAGCUGCAGCAGCAGGUCCAGGUUGUCUCUCAUUUACCACCCCAUGUGGUGGCUCAGCUGCAAGCCCAACAAGGUGGUAUCCCUCAGCACAUCAAGUUUCAAAUCCCCUUCCAGAUUCAGCAAGCUGGCUCCAUGCAGACUCACCAAAUCCAGAAUGUGGUUACUGUGCAAGGGGCUAGCGUUCAGGAGCAGCUGCAAAGGAUUCACCAACUCCAGGAGCAGCAGCAGCAGAAGAAGAAUAAUCAGGAGGUGAAGCGAGAGCAAAUCCUCCAGGGGUCCAGCCAGAGUGAAAUCAUCCAGAAACAGGUGGGCAGAGUUCCAGAGAACUUCUGGAAUUGUAUGAAUACUAUGAAUACUAUGAGUUCUAUUUACAGACAGCUGUAGAUGACUUGGGAUAACUGGAUAUACUUUCAAGUAACCAGCUGUGCCUGAUCUGUCUUGUUGUUUGCUUGUGAUAGUACUCACGUGUACCACUCUGACCACAGGUUGUCAUGAAGCAGAAUGCUGUUAUAGAGCACCUGAAGCAGAAAAAGACUAUGACCCCUGUGGAGAGAGAGGAGAACCAACGGUAA